GUUUCGAAAAACUUCCAGCUUCAUCACGGAGUUUCUCUCGGUUUGUGGGCUCAUCUAAAGCUGAGUAACAGGAGGAGAAGAGUCUGGUGGAGCAACAGAGGAACAAUUUCAGCCAUUUGGACUCAGCUCAGCCACUACAGAGGAAACAAUGACUUCAACACAGAAAGACCAACAUGGAGCGAGAAGUCAGCGCUCUCAGGAGGCAGACAAACGUCACAGAAGAAAGGGAGAGAAAAAAUACAGCUGUGAUGAGUGUGGGAAGGAUUUUACCCGGACUGGAAGCCUAAAAAGACACCGACUCAUCCACAGUGGAGUUAAAGCUUACAGCUGUGACUUGUGUGGAAAGUCUUUUACCCUGGCUGAAAGCUUAAAAAAGCACCAAGUCAUCCACAGUGGAGUGAAAGCGUACAGCUGUGAUUUGUGUGGAAAUUCUUUUACCCAGGUUCAAAGCUUAAAAAAACAUCAAGUCAUCCACAGUGGAGUGAAAGCGUACAGCUGUGACUUGUGUGGAAAGUCUUUUACCCAGCCUGGAAGCUUAAAAACACACCAGCUAAUCCAUAGUGGAGUUAAACCUUACACCUGUGAGUUGUGUGGAAAGUCUUUUACCCAGCCUGGAAGCUUAAAAACACACCAACUCAUCCACAGUGGAGUUAAACCUUACAGCUGUGAGUUCUGCGGAAAGUCUUUUACGAAGGCUGGAGGGUUAAAAAUACACCAAGUCACCCACAGUGGAUUUAAACCUUACAGCUGUGACUUGUGUGGAAAGUCUUUUACCCAGGCUCAAAACUUAAAAACACACCAAGUCAUCCACAGUGGAGUUAAAAGUUACAGCUGUGACUUGUGUGGAAAGUCUUUUAACCUGUCUCAAAACUUAAAAAAACAUAGACUCAUCCACAGUGGAAUUAAGGCGUAUAGCUGCAACUUUUGUGGAAAAACUUUCAACGACAAACACUACAGAAAUAUUCACCUGCGGAUUCACACUGGAAAUGAUGUUUCCUGCUGUGAUCAGUGUGGGAAACUGUUUCCAACAGGUGCACAGUUACAACGACACAUGUUUAGCCACUCUGUGGAGAGACCUUAUAAAUGUGACCUGUGUGAGAAGACUUUUAAAUCUCCACAUCACCUGAAAAUCCACCAACAGAUCCACACCAGAAAGUAACUCUACAAGUGCAGUUACUGUGCGGUAUGUAUUUAUGUUUUAUCUUGUAAAGAUAAAGAGCAAAAAAGAAGCUUCCUUUUGGUCGGAGAGGAACAAUACCAGCAGCUCAGAAUCAGUGAGAUGUCAACUUUCAGCCCCGUCCAUAUUCGUGCUGUCGGGUGAGGAGGCCGACAUCUUACUGAUUCUGAUGCGUCAGAGGGUCCCCGCUUUGUGUUCACGUCUUUGUGUGGAAUCUGUUUACGUGAUCUCAUUUGCUGUUUUUGCUGUUUGGUGGUUGUUGAAAUAGUUUUGUGAGCUCCUGGCGUUUCUGGCAAAAUACAUUUAUAUUUAAAAGUUGAUUCAGUAUUUAAUGAAUCAAUAUCACGUUAUUCAAGUUAAGAUCCAUUUUAAUUGGAAAAUCGAUCAUUGAAACCCAGCCCUACCACUCACCUCUUUCUCUCCGCCUGCACUUUCAAACGUACAUACACAUAGGCCGACAGGAAUAUCUAGACCACAACCAAUCAGAGAGGUCCCGCACCUGACUAUCUCUGAGGCAUAGUGUGUGCUUGUUGUUCCCCACACGGAGACCUUUUUUUUACUCGAACUGGUGGUCGCACUGGUGAAACCUAAGAUUUUUUUAGUCGCACCACUGAGAAAUUAUGUUGUAUUUGCGACCAAAUUGGUCACAGUAUAGAGCCCUGACAUGUGUCCACUGUACCAUCUGGGAACUCUUCUUGUU